AUGUUAAGCGGCCCACCUCCUUCACUUUCUGAUCCUUUGCCAGUGGGAGCUUCCUUGGAUCAAAUUCAGCGCUUCUCAAAAAUGUAUAAAUACAUUAAAGUUGAAGAUGUCCCAGAGAAUGAAAAGGAACGAUGUACAAUAUGUUUAAUGGAUUUUGAAGCUGAUGAAGACGUUCGCUGUUUAUGUUGUACUCAUGUUUUUCAUGUAACAUGUAUUGAUCGUUGGUUGGUGUAUAACAAGAAAUGUCCGGUUUGCCGUAUUGAUUUGGAUAAGGCAGAUAUACCUUCUUAA